AUGUUGAAGACUUUCUGGCGGGUUUGCGAGCUGCUCGCCCAGCAAGAGACAGACCACGGCGAUGACUCCGGUCCGGAAGCCUACGAACACGACGACGAUGAGACCUUCCCGCCGGAAGCAGCCGCUGCAAAACUUCUCGACAGUGGCCUCGACCAUGGUCUCGAAACAUCGCAGCCAUCCGAUCCGUCCGCCCAAGAACCCGCCCCGUUCAACUUUGACGACCCGUACGCCUCGAUCGUGAAUUUCAAACCAAGCGAGUCGCUGAAGAUCACUUGUCUCACGAUCGGCUCCCGUGGCGAUGUCCAGCCGUAUAUUGCGCUCUGCAAGGGCCUGUUGGCGGACGGCCAUCGCCCCAAGAUUGCCACCCAUCGAGAAUUUGAGUCGUGGGUGAGACAGCAUGGUAUUGAUUUUGCACCGGUGGACGGAGAUCCGGCUGAGCUGAUGCGGAUAUGCGUCGAAAAUGGAAUGUUUACGUACUCCUUCCUGAGAGAAGCGACGCAAAAGUUCCGUGGGUGGAUUGAUGAUUUGCUGUCGUCGGCGUGGACGAGUUGUCAGGGAAGUGAUAUCCUAAUCGAGUCUCCCAGCGCCAUGGCGGGAAUUCAUAUUGCAGAAGCCUUGAAUAUACCGUAUUUCCGUGCUUUUACAAUGCCAUGGAGUCGAACGCGGGCGUAUCCGCAUGCGUUUGCCGCGCCGGAUCAUUAUAUGGGUGGAGCGUAUAAUUAUAUGACAUACGUCAUGUUUGAUAAUAUCUUCUGGAAAGCCAUCGCGGGCCAGGUGAAUAGGUGGAGAAAGCGGCAGUUGAGCCUGCGGAGUACAAGUUUGGAGAAGAUGCAACCGAACAAAGUACCUUUUCUAUACAACUUCUCUCCUUCCGUUGUACCCCCACCGAGGGACUAUGGUGAAUGGAUCCGUGUGACAGGUUAUUGGUUUUUGGACGAAGGAUCGGACUGGACGCCUCCAGAAGAACUAACGGCUUUUAUUCAGAAAGCACGGACCGACCGGAAGAAGCUUGUCUACAUUGGCUUCGGAUCGAUUGUUGUUUCAGACCCAGCGACCUUGACAAUGACUGUCAUCGAAUCUGUUCUCAAGGCCGAUGUGCGGUGUAUUCUGUCCAAGGGCUGGUCCGACAGGCUCGGGGAUCCUGCAAGCACGAAAGCAGAAUUCCCUCUACCCCCGGAAAUAUAUCAGAUCACAGCCGCACCACAUGAUUGGCUUUUCUCUCAGGUGGAUGCUGUCGCCCACCACGGUGGUGCGGGAACUACUGGAGCCAGCCUUCGGGCGGGAGUUCCCACAGUUAUCAAACCUUUCUUUGGGGACCAGUUCUUUUUUGGCUCGAGAGUGGAGAGCCUUGGAGUGGGCAUUACCUUGAAGACAUUAACUGUUAGUCUUUUUUCGAGAGCGUUAUGGGAGGCGACGAAUUCGGAACGGAUGAUCAUCAAGGCGAAAUUACUAGGUGAAAAGAUUCGUCAGGAAAACGGCGUUGCAGCGGCCAUUCAAGCGCUGUACCGUGAUCUCGAAUACGCCAAGACUCUUGUUCGACGACGGGUCGAUGCUGUAGUGUCAAACUCGGCACCGCUCGGAUCUCACGAAGCUAUCAAGAACUGGGAAGACGAUUUAGUUGGUAUCGAGGAUACGUGGACCUUGAUCGGGCAUCCGGACACGGACAUGGAGCUAUCUCAGAGCAGUAAAGAUCUCGGGAGUGAUUUUGACCUCCGGGCCAGCGCCGCAGCCGCGACAGGAACUCGACCAAGUGCGCUUGUUGAAGAAGGCGAUGAAGAUGGAGAGGAUGCGGGGCGGUGA